AUGAGGAGCAGGCGGGCGCUCCCUUCCCCCGCGCCGUGGAUUCCGAUAUGUCUUGCACUCGCAUGCAUCUCGACCGUCUGUGCUAGCCUCCAGCCCUUCCGGCCCGUCGAGACGGCGCCUGCUGCCGUCGCAAAGCGGCAAGCAGCAGGAUGCCUGCCAAACUUUUACAGCUGCGCGAACCAAGGCCCCGCCUUCAACGGCGUCUGCUGCCAAAACGGCCAGCUAUGUGCCCUCGACGCGGCUAGCAAUCCGGCGUGCUGUCCUAGCGGGGCGGUAUGCACUGGCACGGCGCCAGCAACCUUUGUUACCCCCGCGGCCGGCGCGGCCAUCACCGCCGUCAGCUACGUCCCCAACAGCUACUUCUCCUUCCCCUACGUCGCCACCUACUUCGCCAACCCGGGCUUCUGCUCCGCGGCCGUCAGUCAGUGCAGCGCAAACUACCAGGCGUGCACCGCCCAGCUGGGUGCGGCCAGUGCCGGCUACGCCGUGACUAUUGUCGUGCCAGGCGGCGGCGGGACGACCGUCACGGGCGGAGGGGGGGUGACUGUGGAUGCUGCGGGGGCGACUAGUAUUUGCAACAGUCUGUCGAGCGCCGCGUGCAGGGGCCUGCAGUCCACCAUGUGCACACUGUCUGGGACGACCGCGGCUGGCUUCUCUUUCGGCACGGAAACGGGCAACGCGGCGCCGAGGCCUACGGCCAUGGCAGCGUGUGCUGGGUUGGUCGGGGCUGUUGCGGCUGGCGUGGCGGGGUUUGGUGUCUUGUGA